UGGUGAUGUCAUGCAAGAUAUCGCCCUUUCGUUCAGAGUGGGGAUAUCAAUGGCACGCAUGGCUGUCCGGGUCACAUGCCGGGCACUAUGGAGCAGACUGCAGCCGCUCUACAUGCCGAAACCCGAGACUGCCACCUGGCUGAAGAUUGCGGAGGGCUUUGGGCAUACCUGGCAGUUUCCAAACUGCCUUGGAGCUGUUGACGGCAAGCAUGUGCACAUCAAGUGCCCUGCCAAAUCAGGAAGCAUGUACUUCAACUACAAGGGCACUUAUUCCAUUGUGCUUCUUGCUGUGGUUGACAGCAACUACAAGUUCGUUGUUGUUGACGUGGGUGCAUACGGCAAGCAGAGCGACGGGGGAGUGCUCGAGCAGUCCAUAUUCGGGCAGUUACUGGACAAAGGCAAGCUGCAGCUUCUCCGGGACCUUCCACUACCGAACACAGCCCUGCCAGCUCCUUGUGUAUUUAUUGGGGAUGAGGCCUUCCAGCUGAGAACUGAUAUUUUGAGGCCAUACCCAGGUCGAGGAUUGGAGGCCAGCAAAAGGGUAUUCAAUUACCGCCUCAGCAGAGCAAGGCAAGUUGAAAUGCUUACCACGCUGCUUUGUAAGAACUGAAGGCUCAUUAUUUACCGCGAACCUUCUUUUUGUGCGUCAUGCAGAAGGUGUGUCGAGAAUGCUUUUGGAAUCCUGGUGACCCGGUGGAGGAUCCUUGGAAGACCAAUGGGGGAAAGCCCAGAAAAUGCUGAGCAGGUGGUGAAGGCACUGUGCAUGCUUCACAACUUCCUGAUGGAUGCGCGCACAGGGAGUGAUGACUUUUAUUGCUGGCCCGGUUAUGCGGAUUCAGUAAGCUCAUUGGGUCAACGGCAGAGCGGCCAGUGGCGGCAAUUACUUGUACAACCACCCAUGCAGGUAGCCCGCACCAGGGCACACAACUUCAGUCACAUGGCACGAUAUGUCAGGGACAUAUACUUGCAGUACUUCAACAGUACUGCAGGGCGUGUGUCCUGGCAAGACGCCGUGAUCUGAAGUUGCAGUCUUGGUAUCGUCGUACCUUUGUAAAAGUGAGUGGUCUUUGUUGAGCUUUUGUGCAUCAAAAUGCCAAGGCCUUUAGUAGCCACAGAUAAAUUGUCUGCCAAGUCCUCUGUUUUUUUUCCAAGGAAGUAGAACGUGAUAGCAACCGUCCUUGUUAGUUAUAGCUUUCUCGAACUGUUGUAGUGUCAGUUCACUGUCUAUCAUGCGAUGCUGCACAGAUCGCGAUGUCUAUUUUUCUGGACAACUUUUGGCGUUUUCAGAAGCGCAUAUGCUGGCACUGUUCCUCGGCACUGAAGUUAAUCGAAGUACCCCAGAAGACUUUGUAACUUUCUCUGCUUUCGUCAUCCGAAGCACUGAGUCAGUCUCUGCUUGAACCGUUGAUACCACUGUGGAUGCUGUCGUUGGCUUGCCAAGCUCGUGAAAUUUAAGCGCCAAAUCUGACAGCAAGACUCACAAGAGAGUCCCGUAACAUGGAACAAUAAGUGGGUGUAGGCUUAUGCCAAGAGCUUUGACUGAGACUUGGUCAUAGAGAUGUCGAAGUUGCCUGACAUUCAAAGAUGACGAGACUGGCCUCGGAUCUCAAAGGCUUCUAAUGUGCUCUUGAACAAUUACACUUUCAUCUCCAAAACAUUUCAUGAGAAUAUCUAUGGGGUCCUGAUAGCACUCUUCGGUUGCUUGGAGUACAGAUAUGGCCGAAGUGGCUGCUCCACUGAGUAGUACAACCACCCAUGCCAGGUAAACCACCCAUGCCACUCAGGUAAAUAAAAUUGUCAAUAGUGCUGAGCUCUUCCUUAAUGUUCAGGGGCGUCUGUUGUGGUACAGCAUGCAGAUAUUCUAGUCCUGCAGGCAAAGUGCCCAUUGGGCAAAAUGGCCCGAGGUAUUCUUCAAGAACAGCCAGCGUAGUGCAAGGUGGUCUGUAACUACAUCAAAUAGAUGGCCAUACAAAUAAGGCCGGAACUUAGAGCUUGGAUGAUGGCCAGGCAUUUUUUUUCUGUCACAGGGUAAUUUGUCUCACCUUUCGUAAGCGUAUGACUUACAUAAGCCACAACAUAUUCAGGAAACCCUUGUUUGCGCUGGGCAAGAACACUGCCAAGGCCAGCACCACUGGCGUCUGUGUCGACCUCUGCAGGGGCUGAUAAGUCGUGACGGCGAAAAAAGAUGUUGGCAAAAGACAAAGCCUUGUGAAGGCCUCGUCUCUCUCGGACGAUCACGAAGUAAGGAGCCCGUUGCUGCUAAGUCGUUGGUUCACCACUGCAAAGGUGGAGCCUCUCUAAGUUUCCAAGUAGGCUUGUGAUGUCUUCGGUGGUUGAUACCGAUUGGCUGACUCCCAGCAGUUCCAAGGAGCUUGGCUUCCCAUCAGGACAACCUUCACUUUUGCGUCGCUCAAUUUCAGCAAGUUUCCAUGUCCCUAUGUGGCUUGUGUCAGCGGUGCACUGCGAUUCUUGAAGUUGGCGCAAUUCAGAGAACACAACAUUACGAAGCUCGUCAACGUGUAGUUUGUGAAAGCGCCAAGUUGUGGAUAGAAGCAGAACACGGGCUACGCGCUCAAACAGUUAAUCAAAAGUUCCCACUUCUGCCCAGGGUACCAAGGCAGAAUCAUGCCACAGCAUGUCCGAAGUACUUGUGCCACCCUUGAUCUCAUCCGCAACAUCGCUUUGCAAAACCGAGUCAGUGGGUUCCUUGCUUUGCUUACGGUGCUUCUUGAAAGGUGCGGUGUUGUCAUGCUUCUCAGCUGGCCUCUUUCACCGUUUUUUUUUCUCUUUCGACUGAUAGCUUGGGCAGUCUGGAAAUAUAGUGGGCACUGUAUAUCUGGAGAGGGGUGCUUUCCGGGUUGUGCAAAGCAAGACAUUACCACUAUAGACAGCUUCCCAGGUUUUGUUCACCAAAUGUGCCUCGAAGUAUCGUUUGCAGAGAUGGUCGGUAGAUUGCAGUGUAUGGUAUGGUAUUCCUCCAUACCCAAAGCCGCUCUUCUUUCUGCACAGAGUACGAAAGUUUUCCGGCACACAACUUGUGCCCUGCCGUGCAUCGUGGGGCGAAACACUUUUUCUCCAUCGCUUCUAUGGUUGCUCGCACCUCAUAAAUUCACACGGUCAAGGAAAAUUGUCAAGGAUUGCGAAUAGUUUCCCAAAACAGGAACAAAGACAUUUCGAUGUCAAACAUGGCCUCAUGGUAGAGCACACUGAAGUGGCACCCCACAGAUUUACGCCUACUGGUAUAGGGAAGGUGAACUUGGAACAACUUUUCAACGUGGCUGCUCCGCUGCACCUUUGGGCCGACCUGUCAUCUUCGUACACCAUGGUCAGGGGCUAUAUGAUGCUGGCAAAAUUGCGUAUGAAGCGUCUGAAGAACACAAUAUCAUCAUCAAGCUAGCAGAAGCACGUGCGCCACUUCAAGCCGUGCAGAACUGUGUCCAUUGUGCACUCAAAAGUGGCGGGCGCAUUACAUAAUCCAAAAUGCAUUGCAUUAAAUUCAUAUAAGCCGUCGGGUGUGACAAAAGCUGUCUUCAGCAGAUCGGCGCCUGCCAUUGGUACUUGCCAAUACCUUGAGUGCAAAGCGAGAGAUGAAAAGAAUUCUGCACCUUGUAGACUGUCAGUCACAUCUAUGUGCAGGAGAAGGUGGACGUCCUUGCAAGUGAUCUUGUUGAGGUGCUGGUAGUCCACACAGAACCGCAUGGAACCAUCUUCAUAACAUGGACGAUGGAGGAUGACCAUGGACUCCUAGAUCAAAUUACCUCGCGGCAAAGCAUGUCACUAACUUGUUCAUUGAUUACACGACGUUCUGCAGGAGAUGCACGAUACAGACGUUGCCGCAGUGGUAGUUUUUUGAGCCAGUGUCGGUACAGUGUGUAACACUUCACGUCCGGCUCAGGGAACAGUGCCCAACAUCGAAAGAACAAAAUUCUUCUAAGAGGCACAAAAGCUACAAAUGCUGGACCAGUGUAAGGCCAUCGACAAUACAAGGACCAAACAUACCACUGGGCGAUGUCAGAUGUAAAACUGCACUGAGGGCAGUGUAACUAGCCGAGUAAUUGUCGUCGGGCAUGUCCAUAACUUGUACGUCGUUGAGUACUUCUACAUUGGCAUAAGACAUUCCCUGCGGAGCCCCAUAAUAUGGUAUGGGAAUGGCUUGCAAAUUAAAAUGGUACUGUAGCCCUGUGUGAUGGCCACUGCCGCAAAACGUAGCAGCAGACCUUUCCGAGUUGUCAAGUGGAUAAGUGGAGACGGUAGUGCAAGAGCAUCUGAAAUUCUGCUGCAGUACAUGGACAUGACCAUUGAUGCAUUAGGAGGAACGUAGGUGGUGGCGUCUUGGACGAGUAGUUUCCUCGAAAGUGAAGAUUUCUCAGUGAGCAGUAAAUCUAACAGUGGCGAGAGUUCUGUUUUGGCCUGUGCACAAUGCCGUCGGCUAAUGGCAUUGUGGCGUGAGAGCAAAUCCCAGCCAAGGAUGUCAUGAGAGCACGGGGGAAGGAUGAAUUCUAUGUUGUAUAGAAUGUUGUCAAUAACAAGCAGUGCAAGCCGCGAAGGAGUUAAUGUGCUGAGUACUAACUUUGCAGAGGGACAGCCCAGAAAGGGGCACCGUAACUUUCUGAAGUAAGCUACAAAGCUUAGUGUCCAUAACACAUACGGCGGCUCCUGUUUCCACAAGUGCAUAUGCGCGAGUUGCGAACAUCAACAAAACAAAAAUGUUUGAGGGUCUGCAUUGAGGACUCACAUUUCAACGGUGCUUCAGCCCUUGCCUCUACGACUGUGACAAUUAGUUUUAUUCCUCCUGAGUUAGGGGUUGAGGCCGAAUUGGUGACAGUGAAUGGCAGGUAGUUGGCAUUGGGCACAGUGUCGGCGACAUUGCCAACGGGGAGUCGUAACAUAGAUGGUUGGCUGGCUUGUCACUGGUGGUGCGGCGCUACGCUGCUGCCUACUGCUGCACAUGGUUACAAAAGUGUGCAAAAUGACUGGCGUAGCCGCACGCAAAGCAUAUUGGUCAGUUGUCGGGAGUACACCACCGGUCUUUGCUGGGGCAGGUCCCAUCCAUGCCAGAGGAUGCAUAGUACGAGGCAGCUGCUUAUGACUGCGUGGCAGGCUGCAAUCGGGACCUAGCCACGACGUUGCUAUAAUGGAGAGGCAUACCUGGAGAUACAGGUUGGGUCGUUGCAACGACUUCAGCAUAGCCGAGUGGUGCAUUUACCGCGACCUGUUGGGGCGUCGGAACAACUACAGCGUAGCUUAGUGGUACAGCCGCAGGAAGAUGUUGGCGCUGGUCCGGCAAGAUCUCGGCAAUUUCUUGCUCGAUUGCGUGAUGGAGCGGAAACAUAAGAUUUGAGGUAGGCUGUUUUAUGUGCAGCGGCUGAGCGAUGGUCAUCAAAGAAAGCUGGCGUGCAACUUCCUGACAAACGCUUUCAUUUCUGCUAGCAGAGCUGAUUGAUCGGAGGUGGUAGCCAAACCAGCAAUGUGUUCAUUGCACAAUGAAGGGCAACGUGUCAAUGAGCGCUGCCUGUGGAGCUCCUCGUAGCUUUGGCUUAGAGUGAUGAUGUUAGUCACGGACUAAGGAUUCUUUGCAAGUAGCGUUGAAAGUAUCAUCCUCUAUUUCUUUCAUGACACUUCAGGUUUUGUUGGACUCCACCAUUGCUGCUGCGACUCUCUUGCAGAAGUCCAGGACAUCUGCAAUGUAGCUGAUAAAUGAUUCACCCGGCUGCUGUGCACAUUCUUCCAAACGCGACCUUCGAUGCAGAUUGCGCACAGCAAGGCGGCCAAACACAGCCACUACACAGGUGUUGGACAAGGACCGCAUUAAAAAAUCGGUCUCAUGGUUGUGUCAAAGACUGGCCACAACCGCAAGAUAGAACUGAGCACGUUGCUCAGUUUGGUGGGAUUGCCCCAUUUGUUGUGGGCACUUACCGUCUCGUAUGACAUCGGCCAGUUCUCCACGCCAGUGUCUUCCAUGCCGCUGAAAAUGGUAAAGUCCCUGUGGUGAGGCACACCAGCGCACGACCGACUGAGGAGGCGCUUUCUGGGAUACGUCUUCAGGCAUGGCUGAGCGUACGGUACGGGAUCAAAGUUCCAGGAUUGAUUUUGUAAGCCAAAGCACUCGCCAUCUCUUGUAAAGGUGUUUAUCACCAGUGUUUGGGCCGACCGUCAUAGUAGGGCACGGACUCGGCAUGGGCGGUGUUCCUCGAGCAGAGCAUUGGAGGUUGACCCACUAGAAAGUGCUGGAGAGGAUGGCCCACUACAGCGUUCUUCACCACACUGUAGAUUAAGUGUGCAAUUUAAAUUUGACAGCGCUUUCUUUAGAGAAGAAAAUAACGUAGUUUUGAGACAUGGAGAGGCAAACUAUAGUUGGUACCAACUACAAGUUUACAACUCUGGAAUGCAACACUUGUGCUAUAUGUUGCCGUGCUAUAUGUUGCCAAGUCUUCUAAAUCACGAAUUCUAUCAAUUUCAAUUCGUUUUUGUGCUUCAAGCAAGUUUCACGUGAAAGUUAACGCGAGAGCAUAAUUUCAUAUACAUGAUGUCUCCAUUGUAUUUGCUACAUUGUUUAAUGAUGUAAUCUGAUGAAAUUUCUAAUAAAGCUGUGUUUCCGUGAACCCUUGUAACGGGCAGCGGGCUCGUCAAGCUGCCAAAUGGCAGCUUUUAUUCACUGCUACAGUUUUUCAAAUAGUUGAAAUAAAUGCAUUGAUGAAUGGAAAGGACUAGGGCUGUGAAUACUGAAAUGCAUAAAAUUGUAAAUACUGCAAGCACAGCAGCCUGUCAUGCUUUGCUGGCAAACGAAAGCAUGCAAUGAAAUCUGACAAAGUGUGAAAUGAUCUCGCAACAAGUUGGCCAGCAGCGACCUGAACCAGUGGAAAGUUUUGAAAUGUUGCCUCUUCUCAGUUCUAUUGCACCAUUGAGAAAUGCAAAAACAAAAGUAAGGUGGGUCUGAAGGUUGCAGUUGUAGAAAGGCACUUUCCAGUCGCAUCAAACAUUUUAAAUGCCUAAAAUGCUCUCUGCGUACGUACCAGACAUGUGCAGCUUUCUGCCGCAGUCCAUUUUUUUUAGUGUCCUUUUUCUGACGAUUUAGUUCCCAAAGCUGUUUAUCCCACACUUCUACUUUGGAAAGGCAUUGAUAGGAAAGUUGCUCAUGCUUUCUGUGGGAAAAUGCAAGUCGCCAUUCUACAGAGGCCAAUCACUACAUUGAUCACGAAGUGCCACAACCAUCUGUGGAAAUUGUGAAUUGUUAUCGCUGCUGUGUGGCUGCAGUAAUUAUUGACAGUCAACGCGAGAUGAAUUUAGGCGUAAUUUUUCUUUAUGUCACAUACAAAUACAAAUGCUCUUUAUUUCACAUACAUGCUCUUUAUUUCAAUUACAAAUACAAAGGCUUUAAAAGUUCUUUCAACGGGCUACAUAGCCUCUUCUCCUUGAGGUGGCUUGAGUGGCACCAAGCUGGUUGGUACAAUUCCUGCCUCAUAAUGGUUCAGGAUGUCCAGCAUGUGUAUCUUACACAAACCCAAAAGAUGGUCAGGCACCUUGCUCAUCUGACCAUUAAGGGAUAAUAAAAAGUGUUCAUUGUUCGA